AUGAGACCCAACGAGCUCUGGGUAGCGAGCGCGGACAAGAAAGACGCGACGUCGAGCGGGCUCUUCGUCAUUGAGAACGCAGGCACUAAGGACCAGAGGUCGUUCACAGUGCGAGAUCGCGCCGCGUACCACUACAUGGACAAUAUUGCGGCUCUAUCCUUCGACAAGCAAGGAAAGGUUGUCUUCACUUGCCAGGAGAGCACCAACACGUACGCGGGGUCGCAGGGGCCCAACUACUUCCAGGGCCCGAGCGCAUUCGAAGUCUAUCCUUGCGAGGGGGGCUAUGGCAAGAUGAAGGAAGGAGGAGGCUGCGACAACCAAAUGGUAUCGCAUGACGGCAGCCACUGCACUCCUGGCUCCGAGGGGGCGUCCCAGUGCUUCGUCAUCCACUCCGACAUGCUUCACGAGUCUCCUCUAUGCACUGGCAUCGCCCAUGACAGCAAGGCCACAACAGGACCAACACGCCUCAACGUUCCCGUACAGAACAGAAGUAGAGUCCCAGGGAACAUCGUCUGGUAUGUGGACGGCGUGAGGGGCAAGUUAAUGCGAUUUGACAUGGACUCUCUGCAUGGUGUCAAGGUCAUGGAUCAUCGCUUCGCCAACAUCCGUCGGUACGUCGAUGUUGACAUCAGCCGUCGCGCCGACGUCCCCGGCCACAUAGUGGUCGACGCGGAGGCGCGGCAUGUCUACGUUGCUGACACUGCUUCUAACGGUGGGGAGGGGGAAACAGGUGGGAAGCGGGUGCUGCGGGUGAACGCGGACAGCGGGAAGUUCUUUCGAGGAGCGAUGUCGCAAUGCGAGCAAUUCUGUGAGGGUCAGUCCAGCGACACUUGUGGAGGAACAGCCACGGGAUGCCGACCAGACAUCUGCAACAUGAACUGCGAGGCUGGAUGGUGUCGGGGAGGGCCGUGCGCCAUGGAGGACGGGCUGGGCUGCUACACGACCUUCACGGAGACGAGCGACUCGUUCGAGUACGAGCUGUGGGGAUGCACCGAGUUUGAGGUCUUCACCUCCUCCCUUCAGUCUCCCUCAGGCCUCGCGCUCUCGCCUCAGGACCCUGGGGAGUUCAGCACGGGGUCAGCUGGAGUGACCGGCCUUGAGCUCCAGUGCAGCAGCGGGCAAGAUGCCUCCUGCCGGCUCUGGUUCGUCAACGCGCUGACGAAGGAAGUCAACUACAUCCAGGUGGACGAUGCCUGCAAGGAAGACGAACAACCUCUUCCUCCAGCUCCUGCCCAGCUGAACCUGGCCUGCACGACACCGGGGGAGAGCUGUUGGGGGACUCGGAACCUCACGUGCCAGGUGAGGGAUCAGGUGGGGAUCCCAGGUACGGGAAGAAGGGUGGAUGUAGGAGAGCGGCCAGAUUUCUCAGCUCACAUGACGAACUACAACGAGAGGAUGGUUAUCUUUCACUCCUACGGAAAGAACUGCUCUGCUCUUUUUGCUCGGACUCCCGGGCUCGAGGGCCUGCGGGUCGGGGAGAACCCGGCAAACUGGACGGACAAGGAAGCUGAGGCCUGUCCGGACAGGUUGAGAGACUGA